AUGCCCGCGCAUCCAAUCGAGAGCUGGGCGGCGGCGGGGUGUUCUUCGUCUCUCGAACACCAACCCCCAGACAGCUCCUCCGUUGAUGAGCAAUGCCCUCAAGCAGAAGAAGAUAUAAUAACAGUUAUCGAACAAGCUCCCUCGGAGCCGUUACCUAGCAAACAAGCGCAUGCCGAACAGACAUACGCCGAGGAAGACGAAGAACUUCAAUCAUCUUCCUCUCGCCCGUGCACAGUCAUAGCAGCAGUUGCUCCCUCUCCCUCCAUCCGCUCACACUCAUGCCCAGCGGACGCCCUACUACCUAGCCAUACUACUACUACUACUACUCCUCCUCCUACUCAUAAUAAUGAUGUAUCGGGCUCUCAAUCUACGCUUGCCCACCGCUCUCCUCCAGCCAGCUGCGAACCACCAAGGGGCGCAAGCAGUGAGGACAAACGGAGCACCGUGGUGCAAUCAUGGCGCCGCAAGCUCCGGCACACAUGGCUCAUGAGCAAGGGGAUGGUCAUGGUGAUGCUGGCGCAAUUCUUCGGCUCGUCUAUGAAUGUCAUGACCCGUACGCUGCAGCUGGAUGGGAGCCAUGGGAAGGGAAUGCAUCCGUUUCAGAUCCUCUUCGCCCGCAUGGGCAUGACCGUCCUCCUCAGCCUCCUCUACAUGCUCUACGCCCGCGUCCCCCACCCCUUCGGCAUCCGCUCCAUCCGGCCCCUCCUCCUCCUACGCGGCGUAAGCGGCUUCAUCGGCGUCUUCGGCCUCUACUACUCGCUCCUCUACCUCGCCCUCUCGGAAGCCACCGUGCUCACCUUCCUAGCCCCCAUCGGCAGCUGCUACGCCUGCUCGCUAACCAUGCCCAACGAGACCUUCACGCGCAGACAGCAGUUAGCAGCGCUGUCGUCGCUGGUGGGCGUCGUGCUGAUUGCAAGGCCCGCGUCGUUGUUUCGUGGGUUUGCUGAACAGCACCAUCACCAGCAGCAGCACCAGCAGCAGCAGCAGGAGGAGCAGGUAUCCGCGACAGGCGCAGCCCAAGAUCCCUACCAACGUACCCUCGGCACCCUAGCUGCGCUCCUAGGCGUCACCGGCGCCACGGUCGCCUACACCUCCAUCCGCAUCAUCGGGAAACGCACGCACCCGCUCGUCAGCGUCACGUAUUUCAGCGGCAUAACCACCAUCAUUUCGCUACUGGGCGUCGCGCUGAUACCGGCCAUCAGCUUCCGGCUGCCGGGCAACAUGGCGGAACUUCUGCUCCUGCUCGGCCUGGGGACGUGCGGGUUCCUAUUGCAGUUUUUGCUCACGGCCGGCUUGUCGUAUGUACCGCCGCCGUCGGUUAUGGAAGAAAGGGAAAAGGAGGUGGGAGGGGUUCUGGGGGGGUGA